AUUUGGUUUUUACUUUGAGGGAAAGCGUGAAACCUCAGAAGAAUUAUGUCUUCUACUGUCAAUCCUGUGGUGAUGUCAUAGUGAAAGACCGGAAAUUUCUCAGAGUUCUUCCUCUACCAAGUGAGAACUGGAGUGCUUUAGUUGAAGAGUGGUGUUGUCACGCUAACCCCUUUGCCAGAAGCACUUUGCAUCCUCAGCAGGAUGACUGUUUUCUUGGAGACACUUUUUCCCUGCUGAAUGCGGGAGAAGAAUCACAUGUGCCUGAAUCUCCCACGUGCUGCUCAGAGGCUGGACACCAUGCUUCUCCGAGUGGCUCCAACUUGAAAUCAAAGGAAAAUACCAGAGUAAUUUGUAAGCGCUGCAAGACAAUGCUGGGAGAAACAGUAUCAUCAGAUACCAUUAAAUAUUAUGUCACCGAGGUAAUUAUUCGACCAUCUGAGGAAAGUUUCAGCCCAACACCAAGGUCUCAAUUCGUACAGAGCAUGGUUGCUCAGUGUCUUGUGGAAUUUGCCUCUGCUAAAAGCACGUUUAGAUUUACCAUAAAAGGGGAUAAUGGCAAAAUUUAUAUUCUGAUAUGGCUUUUAAAUUCGGACACACUGCUGGUGGAGUCUUUAGGAAAUUCUUCCUCCCACAGUGUUUUUACGCUGUUUGGAGAUAUUUUCCUGCCUAGCUCUGGGCCAGUGGGGACCUGGAAUGCUGUCAAAGUCCUUUACCAGCCGUGCAUUAAAAGCAGGAAUAAGGGCCUUGCUGAUGCAUGGGAAAAUGAUAUUGGAGUUCAUCCUUUAAAGUUUCCAUCAGAAACAUGUUUAGAACUACUGCUGAUACUGGGUUUGAGUACUGCCUCGCUGCCACCUUCACUUCGAUGCCUGAACUCUUUUCAG